AUGUUCCAGUGGUUAAAAACGGCAACUAUGUCCAGCAUUCCCUCUUUAGACGGCAAAGGGGGUACAGAUGUAUCAAGUUCAGCAGCAAAUGUAGGAAAGUCAACGAAAACUAGGGGUCCUACUAGCUAUGUAUAUUACCGUCUAUACACCAAACUUGGUGCAUUUGAAUCAAAUCACGCCCUCUACCGCAACGACCGUUUCAUUGGUCGCAUUCCGUCGAAAUCUUUUGCCCCUCCUCAUACCGUGGCGUCUAUCAAGUGGUCCUUGUGCAAACUUGAGGGCCUUACGGAGCCCGCCAAGGCGCUUCUUUUCACACCGCUCUCAAGCUCAGCACCCAAAGAAGACUCUGCCCGCCUCCCUUUGUACGGCCCUUCCGGACCAGGCCUGUCCGAACAAGAUCCGAUCGUGCUGGUUGUCGAGUCGGAGAAGAGGAUCAAGGAGGUCUCGCAGUCGGACAAGCUGCCGGAACGCUCUGAUGAUACCGAUAUCCAUUACAUAUACUAUCGUGUUUACUCAUCAGAAGGAGGGGAUAAAAAGGCAAAGACGUCCUUUGACGAAAGUGAUGUUUCGUUAGGACGCAUCAACACCCUCUUGAUCGCGCCCCCUCUCACCACUGGGUCGUUGAAAGCAUGCAUCGCAAAAGUUGAAGGCCUCGUCAUGCCUGGUCAUGCACUCUACAAGGACAUGAAACUCUUCCAAAACAUAAAUAGCAACACUGCUAUGAGCGACACCGAUGACUUAUCCUUUCAAGGUGACACUUAUCCAGGUAGCGAUGAAGGUGAUCCCGUAGCCCUUGUCAAUGCAACUGCCAGUGUGACAGCAGCGGACUGGGAGGCUAAACCUCCACUAGGUGGACCAGAUUCAAAAUUCACAAAACGUGCUCGGCUAACUUAUACUUACGGCUACGAACGAAGCAAACCCACCUGGCUAUCGAUAAACAAAGACGAGAUCGUUUACACGGAUGGGGUUAUCGUCUCCGUGUGGGGCUCCGUUACCAACAAGUUUUGUCUAGGAUACAUGGUGAUUAACUCCAAGGGUGAAAAGGGCUUUGUGCAUCAGAAUUAUAUUGAAUUUGACUGA